CCAAACCUAAGUGAACUGAACUACUUCUGGAGCACUGAACCACCUGAAUAAUGGAAAUCAUCCUCACCUUUGGGGAGAGAACUACAGGCUCGCUUCUCAUAUGUUCGGAUGAAAUACCUUUUCUUUUCCUGGUUGGUGGUUUUUGUUGGAAGCUGGAUUAUAUAUGUGCAGUAUUCUACCUAUACAGAGCUAUGCAGAGGAAAGGACUGUAAGAAAAUAAUAUGUGACAAGUACAAGACUGGAGUUAUUGAUGGGCCAGCGUGUAAUAGCCUUUGCGUUACAGAAACUCUUUACUUUGGAAAAUGCUUAUCCACCAAGCCCAACAAUCAGAUGUAUUUAGGGAUUUGGGAUAAUCUACCAGGUGUUGUGAAAUGUCAAAUGGAACAAGCACUCCAUUUUGAUUUUGGAACUGAAUUUGAGCCAAGGAAAGAAAUAGUACUAUUUGAUAAGCCAACCAGGGGAACCACUGUACAGAAGUUCAAAGAAAUGGUCUACAGUCUCUUUAAGGCAAAAUUAGGGGACCAAGGAAACCUGUCUGAACUGGUUAAUCUCAUCUUGACGGUAGCUGACGGAGACAAAGAUGGCCAGGUGUCCUUGGGAGAAGCCAAGUCAGCAUGGGCACUCCUCCAGUUAAAUGAGUUUCUUCUCAUGGUGAUACUUCAAGAUAAAGAACACACCCCCAAACUAAUGGGCUUCUGCGGUGACCUCUAUGUGAUGGAAAGUGUCGAGUAUACCUCUCUUUAUGGAAUGAGCCUCCCAUGGGUCAUUGAACUUUUUAUUCCGUCUGGGUUCAGAAGAACUAUGGAUCAGCUGUUCACACCAUCAUGGCCUAGAAAGGCGAAAAUAGCCAUAGGACUUCUAGAAUUCGUGGAAGAUGUCUUCCACGGCCCCUAUGGAAACUUUCUUAUGUGUGACACUAGUGCCAGAAACCUAGGAUAUAAUGAUAAGUAUGACUUGAAAAUGGUGGAUAUGAGGAAAAUUGUGCCAGAGACAAACCUGAAAGAACUUAUCAAGGAUCGUCACUGUGAGUCUGACCUGGAUUGCGUUUAUGGCACGGAUUGUAGAACUAGCUGUGAUCAGAACACCAUGAAGUGUACUUCAGAAGUAAUACAACCAAACUUGGCAAAAGCCUGUCAGUUACUCAAAGACUACCUACUGCGUGGUGCUCCAAGUGAAAUUCGUGAAGAAUUAGAAAAGCAGCUUUAUUCCUGUAUUGCUCUCAAAGUCACAGCAAAUCAAAUGGAAAUGGAACACUCUUUAAUACUAAAUAACCUAAAGACACUAUUGUGGAAGAAAAUUUCCUACACAAAUGACUCUUAAUUUGGACAUUGUUACCAUAGUAGGAAACUUACCAUUUCUGAAUAUCCACUUAGAGCAUUCAAAAGAAUGGCUUCUGAUUCAGAUCCUUCCUUCAGGGGCAUAAGGAGCCAUCAUCUUAAAUACACACAAUUGUGGAAGUAACAUUGGGCACACAAGAUUUCACUCCUUUGUUUUUUGAGAUGGGGUAUUGUUCUGUUGCCCAGGUUGGACGAACUCCUGGACUCCAGUGAUUUUGCCUGAGCCUCCUCUGCGCUGGGACUGUAGGCACACACCACCACGUGCCAACUCCUGCUUUUAGAAGCUCUGUUACAUUUGCCAAUUCCAUGCACUGUGGGGCUAUUUUGAGUGGUGACUUAAAAAAAAAAAAAGCUGUGAAACACCUCAUUCCAUAAACAACAGUGAAUGUUUUAUUACCCAAAUACCAUUGCUGGGCAGUUUGCACUGAAGGUGUUUAAAACUUACACAAAUUUACUAAUGUCUUAGCAUGGUAACAUUUGCACAUUAACAAGACUGCAAAGCAGGUUCAUUAAAAUUACUCCUUUAUAAAACCAUACUGGGUUAACAGUAUGGUUUAUUACACCAUAGAUUUACACAUUUUAACCUCAGACAUCAAAUGUCACAGAUAGCUGGCAAACAUCCCCUGAAUGGUUUUUAACUUGAAAAAGUAUUCUACUUGACAAUACACCAUUAGCAAUGUUAGUGGCUGAAAUCAAAUUUUCACUAGCCUAAAGAUUGGAUGGGGCUGCACGCAGUGGCAGAGGCCUGUAAUCCCAGCACUCGGGAGGCUCGGGCAGGAGGAUCACCACAGAUUUAAGGCCAGCCUAGGCUCCAUAGUGAGUUUAAGACCAGCCUGGGCUGCACAGCAAGACCCUGUCUCAAAAUAAAGCUGGGUGAGCCCAUCUUAGUAUCAGCUAAGCCUACCAAGUUUACAGUCCCUUGAGUUGGGAAUGUAGCUCAAUGGUAGUGCUUGCUUAGCAUGCUUGAGGCCCUGGGUUUGAGUCCCAGAACUGCAAAACUGACAUCUUGAGGCCACAUACCCAAAACCCAUUUAUCCUGCAUUUGAGCUGUGGGGAAAGUGCUUAACUGUUAAGAACAGGACUAAAAGAAAUCAUCAAAGACCGUCAAUUUCCCAUUUUCAGUGUUUCCUGUGGACUAAAGGGCUGUUUCUUAAAAGAUGCAUGUAAAUUUAUCCACCCAAUUAUUUUUUCCCACAUACGCAAAAUUUACUAUUUGGUCACUUUCCAUGUAUUUUCAUAGUGAGAUCUGGCAUGUACCCUUCAACAUCUCCAUAAAAAAAGACACCUCCUCUUCAGUCUGAAGGCACUAGUAUACUUUCUCCUCAGAGGUUUAACCUAGUUAACAUGAGUGUACUAAAUCUGUGAUCUUCAUUUGCUCUCAAAAUUGAAAGCCAUGGGUUACCACCAGUUGUUUCCUUCAAGAUUGUACUUUUGAGGUAUGUUUUCUUCCCACUAAUGAUCUGGUUAUAAUAAAUGAACAGAAGAAAUACU